CAACGGACGAAAAAUGCGUCGAGAGAAACUCGUGGCAUUUAUAUUGUGGCUGUUAUCACGCGAGUACGAAUACGUUUCAAACGUUGCGCGCGCCUCGAUGCUAUUUACGCGCGGCCAAUCUUUCUUAUCUCGAGAUGCGUUAUAAUAUAUAAUAUAAAUUUUUCGCUAUCGCAUCGUCUUUGAUAUUUUGAUUUUUCUUUUUUUAAAGAAGCUUUUCCUUCCCCUUGGCUAUUCUUCUUUUAUCCCGUUUUUUCGUCCCUUUUCCGAGAAAUAUUUCGCGUCUGUAUCGCGGUUGGAUAACGCGCAUCAAAUCACCCUUGUUUGUACAUUUUCCUAAAUUUCAAAAUUUUUCUAGUAUCAAAGAUGGUAUCGGAAAUUUUGCAUUUGAAGGGAGAGAUACAUUAGAAUAGGGAAAAGGCAUUAAAUCGGCGUUGCGUUGCGUUGCGUUGCGUAGCAUUGCGUCGCGUAGCGUCGCGUCGUGUCGCGUCGCGUCGCAUCGCGUCGGUUCGAGGGCAAAUCUAGUAAGCUAGGACAGAAGCUAUUAAUAACUGUUUAGGGUGCCGUACCUGGCCGCCGCGCGGUGCCGUCCGCGUCUUGGUCUCGAGUCUCGAUACGCGCGUCUCGACGACCGGCGUCUCAGUGUCGUCGCGACGACCGACGUUGUAUCCGUUUUUCCGCCAUCGAGACGACGGACGGAGGAGUAGACGGUGCGGUCGCAAUCUUGGCGAACGAAUCAACCCGAUCGGGACUCGAAUCCAAAGUAGCAUCCUCCUACGUAAUCGCGCGUUUAACACGACGUUAAAUAGGCAAACGACAAGAGUGCUCGAGAGAAAUACAAUAGAUUGGCCGCUAUCGCUAUCGUGCCAGAAUAAUUUCGAAACAGCAUCCGGCUACGCUUUGCGUACGCUUUUAACCUUUGAAAUGGCGAUGCGGCGAUCUUCUUUAAAGAGUAUGGAGAAUCUACAUCGUGUGAUUUUCUUAUACAGCCAAAUGUUUCACCAGAAUUUGCGCCACUGAUCUUGCGCCACUCGAAUUUUCGUGGCGACAACGUGGGACAAACGCGUUAAUUUUAUGUUUAAUUUUGCUUAAUCGCGCUUAUACGCUCGACCGUUACAUUGUCCACGCCAAAUUGGCGAUACCAUUCUUUGUCGCGCGUGUCGAAUCAAUGCUCGUAUAAUAUGCGUCAUUUACCGUAAAGAGGAGCACCGUGCCGAUGCUUGUUAUUGCGAGUGAUUCUUGUGGUCUCUCUAUGUUCGCUUUAUUCUAUUUAUUUGCUAAUAAUAGUAGAAGAAUUUCAAUCUCGAGAAAAUUUUUACGGGACCGGGUCGUGGUAAAAAUUAUAUUACACGUUAAUCCGGUGUAUAUCGAAAUGGUUUUUUAUUCGAUCGCGGCUCGUGGAGCUCUUCGAAUAAGUUCGCGCCACGCAAUAUUGCGCGAGUAAGUACAGAAGAGGAAGAGAAGGAGGAGAAGGAGGAGGAGGAGGAGAAGGAGGAGAAGGAGACGGUGGUGGCGGAAGAGAAGAAGGAGGAGGUGACGGACUCUCUAAUUUGAGUUCGCGAAUCGCUCGUACCUGACAAUGAAAAACUCUUGUAGAUGAGAAAGAUUAGUGAAAGAUCCACGAGGAAAAGUUUCCCUUGAAAAAAUAUCAUCCCGUAUCUCUAAAGUUAGAAACAUCGUCUUAGGAGGAUGAUCGCUUGAUAAACAUCAAAACAUGUCCACGUGGUAGCGUCGGUAAAAGUUACGCGUACGAUUAAUAAAACACGGAGAUACAUGGACGAGUUUGCGGGGACAGUGUCGCGAGCAAGAUUCCUGGCAGCGGCUUCUCGACGGCUAGUGAGAGACUCUGUCAAAAGUGAGGAUAAAUAGACGAAUAUCUCGAAUAAUUGGAAAAGCACGUGAGAAGAGGCAGAUUCGCUUCUUCUCGGCAACGAGAUCGGUAGAUUGGAGAUGAGGCCGCGAGCGAUUCGCGACUGCGAGGUGGAGGAGUAUCGAGCUCUUCGUAAUCGUUACCGCGAGGAUCGCUGUUUCUGACAGCUGGACGCUGACAGGGGCUGGAGGGACGAACAGACGACGGUAGUGUGCUACAGCAGCUGCAGUGUUUGCGAAUACUCGAUGGAUGAGUUCCAUCCAUUUAUCGAGGCUCUUCUACCAUUCGUGAAGUCUUUCUCGUACACAUGGUUCAAUCUACAAGCUGCCAAGAGACGAUACUAUAAGAAACACGAAAAGCGGAUGAGCUUGGAAGAGGAACGUCAGUGUAAGGAAGAACUUCAGAACGAGAAGCUGGAAGUGAAACAGAAAUGGGCCUCGCGGCUUCUCGGAAAAUUACGGAAGGAUAUCACGCAAGAAUAUCGAGAGGACUUUGUGCUGAGUAUUACGGGGAAAAGACCAGCGAUGUGUGUUCUAAGCAAUCCUGAUCAGAAGGGCAAAAUGCGUCGAAUAGAUUGCCUUCGUCAAGCGGACAAGGUAUGGAGGUUGGACCUAGUUAUGGUGAUCCUUUUCAAGGCAAUUCCAUUGGAAUCGACGGACGGAGAACGGCUAGAGAAGACUGCGGAGUGCGCGCAACCAGGACUUUGCGUCAAUCCUUAUCACAUCAACGUUUCCGUCCGGGAACUGGAUCUCUAUCUCGCAAAUUUUAUCACGAGUCAUGAGGUUCUAAAUGGUAUCUGCAACGCUAGCAAGGAGGAAGACAGACGUCGAAAAGGUACAGGAUACCAUGAACUAUAUAACGGUGUUGUCUGCAAUGACACGAUCCUCGCGACAGGUGUCUUCAGCUCCAAAGAGCUCUGGAUGCUUUCAAAAGCGUCCAUACUGCAUGACCUCAGCGACAUGCAGCCUCAAAUAAACGCGAUCAAAAUAGAGCACCCGCCGUACUACUGCAGCAGCUACACCCCUCCAUCCGCAGCGACGACCGCGGAUCACGUUCAGCCGGCGGCUAGCUUCAGCCCACCACCGGUUCAUCAACUAAUAAGAAACGAUAAGACUGAAAAGCCGCCGACAGUCUCGGUUUCGAGUGCUCCGACAUUUUCAUCGGUUCUUAGGCCGGAAGAUGGACAUCGCGGGAUAGAAUCUCCGCAUUCGCAAACGGGAUUGCAUUCACCUCACGAAGGAUUAACCGGUGGCUCUGGUCAAAGCAUGUCUGGACUUGCUUACUAUCAGACAGAACAUCCCGGAUCUACAGGGGUAGUAAAGUACCCCGAGAACGGACACGAUACUCUUUCAGACUUUGUGACAUUUGUCUGCCAAGAAGCCGAAAACACCCAGCAAUUACCCCAGACGCAGUUAACCGGACCGCGCACUGGUAUACAAAAAUUCCCACAGUAUUAUCCGAGUUCGAUGUUACCGCCACCACCUCCUGCUCCUAUGGCCAGACCGGUGGCGAUAAUAAGAUCGACGGGUGAACUGGCAGCGACAACAGCUAGUUCGCCACCAACAUCGUCCACAUCACCCACGGAUCCAGCCGAAUUAGGUCCCAACCAAGAACAGAUGACCGCGGCAGUUGGUCUCGUCGGUUCUGCUUGCCAGAAUUCUGUCGAAUCCGCUGGCCGGAAGAGUCCCGCCAGAAUUCUCGUUACACCGCACACAACUAGCAGGGAAUACACGUUUGCUCAUUUUCAUUCGCAACCCGGACAGCAAAUCUUCACGUAUCCGACCAUCAGCUCAAUGUCCGGAGUAAUUUCGCCGACUAAUCUGUCUCUAUUUUCAUCUCCUGUCUCGGUUACGAGACCGGUGGCCACCCAGAGAUCAGUCUCAAAUGUUCCGCCGCGUUGGAAUACUGCGCCAUUUAUCAAUUUGGAGGACGACUACAACAUGAUCGCGCCGAUUAUCGCUGGGACUACAAGCGAACCACCUGCUGCUAUGGAAGAAGAACGAUAUUUUCAUCCUGUGCAUACGAGUGGCGUAGUAGACAAAAAUGGCAGUGGUAAUUUAAUAGGCAACGAACUCGGAGUAAGCACAGAUCCUGCAUCCCAUCAUCAUCAACAGCAGCAACAACAACAUCAACAGCAGCAGCAGCAGCAACAACAACAACAACAUCAACAACAUCAGCAGCAACAAACACAAUCAUCUUCGCAACAGCAGCAACAAGUAAUGGCAGAUAAAUCCGGUGGACCUAAAUCUCCUCCGUGACAGUGGAGUCUGAAAACGGAAAGUCUCGAGAGAUUCGCAUACUCGUCGCGUUUUUCGAGAUCGGUGCUUGGUAUCGCGUGUAAUAAUUAUUCCGAAGUUAUGGCCGAGACCGAGUUUGAGAGUAAUCGUCAAGAAUCUAUGUCUCGUACACAAUUACGUGAUUUAAACUUGCGGAGAAUAGAAUGUUUAAGAGUUCGAUCUUAAUUUACCGUUAUAAAGCAAGAACAAGAAUGCUUUCUGUAAGGAACGUAAUCGAGGAAAGAAGAGAUUCGUUGAUUCAUGUUUAUCUCGAAAUGGAUUCGUACAAUAUAAAGUUUCAUAUUACAACAACUUAACCAAGUAUAAGUAAGUUCUUCUAAAGCAUAGUUAACCGCGAGAGAUUUUGCGACGCUUGGAAUAACCAUAAGAUGACGUCGCCGUGCAUGCCUUAUCCUGCUCGAGAACAGAAAAUUGUUUACAUACAGUGUCGUACAACGAAAUAUUGUUCAAGCUAUAAUGUGUAACGUAUUUAGAUGAAACGACAUCAUUUCAAUUAAAAUUAAUACAAAUAAUUGAACGCGAUGUAAUUAAUAUGCAAUAUCGUUUGGCCAUUUGUCAACAACACAAAGUGCGCUUGUAUUGGUCGAUACACGUUUCACGAUUUCCAUAUAAUUAUCUAAAUUAUUAUCUUUAUCUAUUUCUCCAUCUCGUCCCUUUCUCUCUCUCUCUCUCUCUCUCUCUCUCUCUCUCUCUGUCUAGUUUUCUCUUUUUCGUAUCUUUCUGUAUCUCGAGAUACAAACGAGAGCAAUUGAGUUUCUUCAUUUAUGCUAUUAAUAAUCUUUCUAAAGCUCGCAAUCUCAUGGUUGUAACGGUGCGGUAUUCUUCCAUAAUGUGUAUUAUAGUAAAGAUUCGUUAUUUUCGUAAUAAAAUUUUCGUGAUAUAUAUGCAAGCACAUUUUUUUAAUAAGCUCAAAAUUGUAAUAUUUUGUAUAAAUAGUGUUUUAUAGUUGGUAAUAAUGAAAAGAGGCACGGAAGCAAAAACCUUCUCUCAUUACUAAAAGCAGAAAUAACGCGUUUAUAAAACUUUUGUGAGCACGCAAUACUCUCUCCUUAUCGUUUUCUGAAAAUUUUUUAAACGACCUUCUCGUUGAUUCAAUCUGCAUGCUUUGCAAUAUCUUUUUAAUACUGAAAUAAACAGCAAUAUGCCGUAUUUUUAUUGAUCGCCCUUUGUACAUUUUGUGUAGUUUACGUUUCAACUCUCUGCCGAAAAAUUGUUCUUCCACAAUUAUUCCAGACUUUGCGUCACGUGUUUGGAGUAUACAAGUUUAUACGUAUUUACGUAGAAAGUUGUGUUACAUGUUUUGAGGUAGUGCAUCGAUGAGUAACUAUUACAGAUUUAUAUAUAUAGCUUGAACAAAUAAAAUUUGUUAUCUCGUGUAUCACAAAGAUACGUAUGAGUGAUUCGUUAGAAAUAAAUUGGCAACGUGUACGAUUUAUAUAAUAAUCCAAUAUAAUUGAAUCGUGUAUAGAGUUUUCUGUGCCAAUGAAGCAGCACACGUGCGCGCUAUUCUUUUUGUAGUGAUAUUAAUAAAUUAAGGAUUUCCUAUAAACGCGGAUUAAUGCGAGAGAAACGUCGAUGGUGACAAGCCGCACUUUAAAUGAGGAUUCAUCGAAUAAAGAUUUGCAAAUUUGCAAAUGAGAGGUACUCGAUAAUAAGCAUAGCGUCACCGCGUAAUGCUCAGGCUAGCAUUAAUACGUAUUAGGGAAAAGAACUAGUGAAAACUAGUCACAUCAGAGGCUGCUAAUUAGAAACAAUGUGGAUAUUUAAUAUUGUGUUUUUCGGAUAAUAUAAGCGCUUAAUUAUUUAAAUAUGUUAUUAAUGUUAUAUUGAGGAUGAUGACGUAGAAAAUAAUAUCCCGCGUGGGCAAACAUGCAUCGAAUAUUAUUAUUGCGAACAAAGUCCAAACUUUGUAUAAAGUUUUUCAUCGCCAAUAUAUAUCAAAAAGAAUACAUAAAAUAUAAGAAAUUACUAUUAUUACGGACUUACUAUAAUAUUGUAAAAUAUAUUCAAUUAAAUUAACAGCUCAAAUUUUUCGUUUACAUCAUAAGAGCAAAACACUCCUAAUAUAUUUAUUAAACGAUCAGAUUCAUUUCAUUUUUUAAUAAUUAAUUAAAUUACUUUUCUCUCUUCUAUACAUGUAAGUGACGCGAAGAAGAAUGCUUGUAUUUUUUUCAUCCGUAAUCAAAAAAACAUAGAUAAUAAGAACAUUCGACUUAGACGAGCGAUAUGUUAUAUUCUUAUGUACAUUAUCUGGAUAACAACACUCAAUUUUGUUAUAUUAUAAUACCGUUUUAUUAAUAUUGUUAAAACAAACAAUCGCGCACUCUAAUGUUUUCUCUUAAAUUGUUUCCUUGUCUUUUUAACACAUGAAGUUCGAUAGAAAGUUUAUCGGUGAUAAGGAGAGAAAAACCGUAUUUUCAAAACUUCUUUUGCGGACAAAUUUGUGAUUUGAUCGGAUGAUAUAGAUAUUUUUAUUUAAUUAACGAGAUACAAGUCGGGUCAAAUUUUACCAUAGUUAUAAUCAUAAUCAAACUUAUUUCGAUAAUACUUUAAGUACAACACUAUAUUUCAUUUUCUUUUAAAAUGUAGAUAGUAUUGUUAAGACAAACUUAUAAGCCUAACGCUUGUGAAUGUAGUUGAAACAGAUACGUAUAGUUACCUAUCUGCUUGUGGCUCCACUAUUUAUAAUUAAAAAACACGGAUUAUUUGAUUAAGCACUCAACCUCGCUUAUUAAAAAUAACAAUAAUCCCAAUCUAUUUAAAAUAAGUUAAUAAUUAUGCGAGGUUUAAAUUAUAGGAUAUCUACUUUAGAAUUAUAGUUUUAGAUAGCCUAUUCAUAUUAUCAUUAUUGUGUUUGUGUGUAUUUCCGUGACAAGAGAAGUAUAUACAAUACAAGUAUGUGGACGCACGUGUAAAGUAGAGAGGUCAAAAUAAUACCAACAAGAUAAAUGAAAAAGUAUCAUGUGGCCACUGUACCAGAAGACGCAAAACAUUUUGUUACUCGAAUCAUGAAAAUAAGAUCACUGAUCGGCCGAA